CCGGGCCCGCAGAGGCUGGGUUCCACCAGAUUCGGGGCAGGAGGUGGGCCCGAGAGGAGGUCACCCGAGCCUUCCGGGCAGGGACCCGGUCUUCCGGCAGUUCAGUUGAGCAGGUAGGAAGUGGGUUGAGGAGUGGACCGUGGGUCACCCGGACGUCGUUCCCCGGGCCUUCUCUGUGACUCUGCGUGAGACGGUGGUUGAUACCUUCGGUCCGUGAGCCUGUCACCCGAUGUGCCUUUUCACAUGGUAUCUGUGUGACUGUGGGUGCGAGUGAGCCGAUGGUUGGUGCCACAGAGUGUGAGACUGUGAGUCGGGGUGGGAGGGACUCUCUGUCCCCCACUGUUCCUGUAUCCUCGGCCUCUGUGACUGGAGUGUGUGAGUGAGACCAUCGGUUUUGAUACUCUAGUAUUUGAGGCUUGGGGCUUUGGGAGAGGGUGACAGUGUGAGACUGCCCGUAUCCAUGGCCGCUGACUGAUUUGUGUAAGAUGGUGGUUGGCGCUGUAGUUUUUAAGAAUCUGUGAGUGAGUGUGUGUGUGAGUGUGAGUGUGUGUGUGGCGGGGGAGGGGGUCGGAGAACUGAGACUGCCACCAGUAUCUAAGCUAGCCAAGUGAUGCCAGUGUGCCGCCAAGUGAUGCCAGUGUGCCACCAAGUUUCAGAACCAUUGAUCUACUGGAGAGAUGAAAGUAGAGUCAGAAAGACCUUUACCUGAUUUUGGUGCUGUUAUUUAUUAGCUGUGUUUCUUUAUGCAAACGAUUGCAUUAAUCGGAGUCUUUUGUUUGUAAAAUCUAGAAAAUCUGUUGUUAAAAUAAUAAAUCUACAAGUGAUGUAGGGACCCGUCUCCAUUAUGCUUUCUCUCCAUUGGAGGGAAGGGUGCAACAGAAGGAAAGAGAAGCCAAAAAAUUCUAGGCUGGUGAUUCUGAAUGCUGCAAGGAAAGCCUAGUUUCUCACCUUCUCUUCCCCAUCUCACUCAUCUAAGGACACUGCCAUUUCCCUAUAAAAGGGCCAAGGGGAGGAAAGAAUGGCUGUUGGACUUAUUAAAGCUAUGUACCAGGAGUUGGUGACCUUCAGGGAUGUGGCUGUAGACUUCUCCCGAGAGGAGUGGGAUUGCCUAAAUUCUUCUCAAAGGCAUCUGUACAGUAAUGUGAUGUUGGAGAACUACAGGAUCUUGGUAUCACUGGGACUUUGCUUUUCUAAACCAAGUGUGAUAUUAUUGUUGGAACAAGGGAAGGAGCCCUGGAUGGUGAAGAGAGAGCUGACAAAAGGCUUGUGCUCAGACUGGGACUCUAUGUGUGAAACUAAACAAUUAAACCCAAAGCGGGACAUUUAUGAAGCACAGUCAUCUCAGAAGGUAAUAAAAAAACUUACAAGCAGUGGCCUUGAGUACUCCAGUUUGAGAGAAGAAUGGAAAUGUGAAGGCCAUUUUGAGAGGCAAACAGUGAAUCAGAAGGCAUGCUUCAAGGAAGAGACAAUCACUCAUGAAGAAGCCUCUGCUGAUGAAAGGGGACAAGAAUAUAGCAAAACUUGGGGAAGUUUCCAUCCAAGCACACUACUUCAUACACCACAGAUAAUCCCCAAAGAGGAGAAAGUAGUUACACAUAAUACACAUAAAAGCUUUAAAAAAAAGUUAAUGGGCAUUAAGCCCAAGACUAUCUAUACAGAGAAGAAACUUUUGAAAUGUAAUGACUGUGAAAAAGUUUUCAGCCAGAGCUCAUCCCUUACUCUUCAUCAAAGAAUACAUACUGGAGAGAAACCCUAUAAAUGUGUAGAAUGUGGGAAAGCCUUCAGCCAGAGAUCAAAUCUUGUUCAACAUCAGAGGAUUCAUACUGGAGAGAAGCCCUAUGAAUGUAAGGAAUGUAGGAAGGCCUUCAGUCAGAAUGCACACCUAGUUCAACAUCUAAGAGUUCAUACUGGAGAAAAACCUUACGAAUGCAAGGUGUGUAGGAAAGCCUUCAGCCAGUUUGCUUACCUUGCUCAACAUCAGAGAGUUCAUACUGGAGAGAAACCCUAUGAAUGUAUUGAAUGUGGGAAGGCUUUUAGCAAUAGAUCAUCUAUUGCUCAACACCAGAGAGUUCAUACUGGUGAGAAACCUUAUGAAUGUAAUGUCUGUGGGAAAGCAUUUAGCCUUCGUGCAUACCUUACUGUACAUCAGAGAAUACAUACUGGAGAGAGACCCUAUGAAUGCAAGGAAUGUGGGAAAGCUUUCAGCCAGAAUUCACACCUUGCUCAACAUCAGAGAAUUCAUACUGGAGAAAAACCUUAUAAAUGCCAGGAAUGUAGGAAAGCGUUCAGCCAGAUUGCCUACCUUGCUCAACAUCAGAGAGUUCAUACUGGAGAGAAACCCUAUGAAUGUAUUAAAUGUGGGAAGGCUUUUAGCAAUGAUUCAUCCCUUACUCAGCAUCAGAGAGUUCAUACUGGAGAAAAGCCUUAUGAAUGUAAUGUUUGUGGAAAGGCUUUUAGUUACUGUGGGUCCCUUGCCCAACACCAGAGAAUUCAUACUGGAGAGAGACCCUAUGAAUGUAAGGAAUGCAAGAAAACCUUCAGGCAACAUGCACACCUUGCUCAUCAUCAGAGAAUCCAUCUUGGGGAGUCACUCUCACCACCCAAUCCAGUCAGUCACCAAGUCCUAUAGACUCUCAUUAGUACUUCUGGAAUUUAUACUCAUUUUCUCCAUCUCUAAUGUUGCCUUCCUAGUCUUAAGUUUUGUCUUACCGGAUCACUGCUAUAGCUUUCUAACAGGUUUCUAACAGCUUCCUGAUCCAACCUCUGGUCCCGUUAAAUUCAUUUCCCACCAUGCAUCCAAACUGAUCUUUUUGAAGUGUAAGAAUACACAUAUCACUGCCUCCAGUUAGAAGUUUUUUUUGGCUUGCUGUUGUUCUUAAGCUAACGUUCAGUCUUUUAAACUGUCUAUGAGGAACUUCUUUGAUUCUUGUUUUGUUUGUUUCUUUUUUGAGCACAGGUGGACACCAUAAUUGGCAAUGUCUGAUUCUUAUAUACCUUUCCGCCUUAUUUUAUUCCAGUCUCCCUCUCUGGGCACUAGGCACUUCCCAAGACUAAGAGCUUAGAUUCUGGGAAAUCAUAGCUCUACUACUACUGUGGCUUUGUGUGACUGAGUAAUUUGCUUGACUUAUCUAAACCUCAGGGUUUUCUUUAAUUCUUAAAAUAGGGAUAAUAAAGGAUAUUGUAAAAAUGUGAGUAUUAAAUGAAGUAGUCUCUAUUGUAGAUUGGUGCAUAUUAAGUAAGAAAUUUGCAUGUAAAGUACUUAACGUAGUGCAUCAAAUAUUGCAAAUAUUCAAUUAAAUAAUAAUAGCUAACAUGUAUUGAGUGCUUACUAGGCACUAGGCACUGUUCUCCAUACUCAACAUAUAUUAACUCAUUUACUCCUUACAGCUAAAAUAUGAUUCCUUAGUGGACAAAGCAGAACAUCCAUGCAAAGCAGCAGGUCAGAAUUGGGGAAACCUAAAAAUUUUGGACUAUAAGUGGGAGUGUUUGGACUCUAAGUGAGUGUUGAUACAGACACAAAUAGUAGAACUCUAACACUUACAACCAGUUUUAGGAUGUUUCUAAAGAGAAUGAGUUGGAUAAACCAAUUAAAGAAAAUUAAGAUUCACUGAGACGAAUACAGAACUUACAUUUAGAUCAAGACAAGAACAGAGAGGACUGCUAUUUACUCCCAAAAGCCAAUAAACAUAGAAAUUUGUACUGUACCAUAAGAAAGCAUCAGCCCCAGGUAAUUAUGUGGGUGAAUCUAGGUAAUUUCAAAAGCAUUUAAACUGUUACAUACCAUAGAAAAAGAACAAAGUUUGUAAAAAUUUUUAUCAAGUGGCUGUAAAAUGAAACUAAAAGGAGAUUGAGGGAAGAAAACUACAAACUACUCAAUAUUCACUGAAUGUGUAGAUAUAUUGAGUAGCUCCAAUUUGCCAGAUACUGUUUUAGGUGUGAGGAGACAACAUGAUCAAUACAAAGACCGUGUCCUCAUGGAGUUAAAUUCCGGAGGCUGAGAAAGUUAAUGCUUAAAUAUAAAACAAUUGAUUUUGUAGACCCAGAAAACUAAAGAAUAACAAAAUAAACUGAAGCAUAUUAAACAGCCUAGGCUGAAGAGACUCAAUAAUGUUAUCAGUUAACUCCUAAUUCACAGAUUCUUUGCAGUUCCAACCAGAAUUCCCCAAUGGGCAUUUUUGCCCCUUAAUUUCACAAUUUUGUUUUCAAAUUCAUCUAUGAAGUAUGAAUUCUCAAGAACAGCAAGAAAAUUAUUGAAUCUGAUCUAUUUAUAGAAAUUCCGCAUAUGAUAAAAAUGGUUUAUACCAGUAGAGAAAGUACAGUAUAAUUGACAAUAUACAUCACAGUAAUAAGGGAAACACAAGUAAAACCACAGUAACUAUUUCAAAAUCAUCACAUUGACAAAAGCAUCACAGUACCAAUUACCAGAAAGAUGUGAAGCAAUGGGAAUAGCAUACAGUGCAUUUGGAAAUAGUUUUUUAAAAAGGAUAAUUUGUCAAUGUCUAGUAAAGUUGAAGAUGUGGAUACUCUGACUCAGCAAUUUUGCACUUGAACCUCUACAGAGUCUCUCCUGUUCAGGGAGAUGUACAUGAAGACCCACUUCAGUGUUGUUUGUGAGAAUGAAAGCAAUCAGAAUUACCAUUAGGGUUUAAAAAUGUUAGAACUCAAAAUGAGCAAACUAGAGAUAUGGAUACAUCUCAGAAACUAUAGAAACUGAACUAGAGGGUAAUUUGUAUGAUAUGGUUCCACUUACUUAUAUAAAGUUUGAAAACAUGCAAAUCAACGCUGUAUUUUCCAUGGCUAAAUGCCAUAUGGAAAUAGUGUAAUAACAUUCAUGGAAAUGAUCAUCAAAUUGUGAUGACCUCUGGAGAGGGAGAAAAAUGAGACUGAGGUAAGGAUGCAAAGGGAGAUAUCUUUUCAUCACUUAUAUGCCUAAAAAAUUAAUAUGGGUAAUUCUUCUAAAUUGAUAAAGCUGGUUGUGGGUUUUUAUUCUUUGUAUCUUUCUGUAUAUUUAAACUAUUUCAUAAUUAAAACAACAUUUAAGUAAUGUC